UACAUGUUUUCGUCAUCGAGCAGAUGGAAGGACUGCGUGAAUUAAAUUACUUUGAUUUUCAGAUGAUAAUAAGACUUCACGAUGGAAUAAUAUAACGAUAACGUUAAGCAAAAUGAAGCUUGUGCAUAAAAGUAUUGAAAAAGAUGGGUGCGGGAGUGUUGGACUCAUCGCGGAGGAGCCGGAGGACAUGUGGCAUGCUUACAACCUGAUUGCGGAGGGAGACGCGGUGACAGCGUCGACGGUUCGCAAGGUGCAGACGGAGUCUUCUACCGGCUCCUCCACAAGCAACCGAGUGCGGACCACACUCACCAUCCGCGUAGAAAAUAUAGACUUUGACACACAAGCAUGCAUGCUCCGACUGAAGGGCAGGAACAUUGUUGAGAACCAGUAUGUAAAGAUGGGUGCAUAUCACACAUUAGAUUUAGAGCUGAACAGAAAGUUUACACUACAAAAAAUAUGUUGGGACUCUGUGGCUUUGGAACGGGUGGAGAUGGCUUGCGAUCCUGCAGCAAAUGCCGAUGUGGCUGCCGUAGUGAUGCAGGAGGGUCUGGCUCAUGUUUGUCUGAUCACCCCCUCCAUGACACUUGUCAGAUCAAAGAUUGAUAUGACCAUACCCAGGAAAAGGAAAGGAUUUGUUCAGCAACAUGAAAAGGGCUUAAACAAAUUCUAUGAUGCAGUGAUGCAAAGUAUACUCAGGCACGUAGACUUUGCUGUGGUAAAGUGCGUGAUUGUGGCAUCUCCAGGGUUUGUGAAGGAUCAGUUCUUUGAGUACAUGAUGCAAACAGCAGUGAAGACUGAUAAUAAACUGUUGAUUGAGAACAAGUCAAAAUUUCUGCUGGUCAAAGCUUCUUCUGGAUUCAAGCAUUCUUUAAAAGAGGUGCUCCAAGAGCCAGCAGUGAUAGCGAAGAUAUCAGACACGAAGGCAGCGAGCGAGGUCAAGCUGUUGGAGAGCUUCUACACCAUGCUGCAGCUCGAGCCGGCGAAGGCGUUCUACGGCAAGAAACACGUAGAGCGGGCCAACGAAGCACAGGCCAUCGAGACCCUUAUGAUCUCUGAUAAAUUGUUUAGAUGUCAAGACAUACAGCAGCGGAAGGAGUACGUAUCACUGGUGGAUUCGGUUAGAGACAACGGCGGCGAUGUUAGGAUAUUCUCUAGCAUGCACGUGUCGGGGGAGCAAUUGGAUCAGCUGACAGGCAUCGCAGCUAUAUUGCGGUUCCCCAUGCCACAGUUGGAGGACAUGGACAGCGACGAAGGUGAAGGCAGUGAUUCAGACUCGGACUAGUGUAGCUUUGUAGUGCACUGCUAGAACCCUUGUUUUGUUGCUAUUAGUGUUGCCCGAUAAUCGACUGAAUAUCGAUUAAUAAUCGAUUAUUUUCUAAGCCCGCAAAUAAUCUAAAUAUUGAUAUGCCUAUCGAUAGUAUUGCAAUUAUUUUACAAUCGAAAUAAUAUCGAUUAUAUCUAACAAUUAUUAGAUUAAAAUCGAUAAUUGUAGAAUUUCCUUUAUCAAUCGAUAUUUAGAUUAUUUAGGGGUAAAUAAACUAUUAUUUAACAACACUAGUGGUUAUAUGUGCUGUCACUUGAUGGAAUAUAUAUAUCUAAAAUAGAGAGGACAAUCUGAUAAGUAAAUCAAGGAUAUAGUGGUUAUUUUUAUCUGUAUUGUAGGUACCGAAUGUUGUACAUUUGCUAUAUGAAUGAAAGAAGAGGUAAAUAAACUGGACAAGUUUAAAGAUUGCAUACAAUUAUACCAUUGGCUGAAAGGCGCUCUAAAUGUGAAAUUUAAUGGCUAGUUCACCUCACAGCACUAUAAUGUGUUCAAAGUGCUUUUAUUUAUUGAUAUUGUAUGCCAGUUGAAUAUAUUUAGUACAAUCAUAGGCCGAUUGUUAAGUUAUUGUCAGCACAACUUCUCAGAUAAUACGUAAUUUUUGUUAUGAAUUAUCCGCGAAUCUCCGAGUCGAGGUCAUUCCAGUGAUUGCUCAGGAAUACCAUGGAGUAUGAUAGUUGUUCGUACGAGAUGUAAUGUAAAUAUUAGACAAAUAAAAUAAUUGUUUAUAUA